GGAGCAAGAUGAGCAGGCGUGGCGGAUGACGUUGACGUUGACGUCAGCGCUGCUGAGACAGAAGCCGGAAGUGAGUAGAGCUGCUCGGCUAACACCGCCAGCUAAACGGAGACAGAGACAUAGCAACUGCAGCGUGACUGUGGAUGGAAAGACAGCGGGGCGAGGCGCACGGAACGGCGGAUACAAACUACCAAAGGGACCCCAUCUGCUCUGUCAACACGGUUUUUGUCAGGUUGCGGAGGAGCGGCAGGCAGCGCGAUGAGCGGGGCCGCUCUGGGCAUCGAGAUCGUGGUGGUGUUUUUCUUGGCGCUCUUCCUGCUGCACCGUUAUGGAGACUUUAAGAAGCAGCAGCGCAUGGUGCUGUUCAGCACACUGCUGGCGUGGUACCUGUGCUUCCUCAUCGUCUUCAUCCUCCCUCUGGAUGUCAGCACGACCAUCUACAAACAGUGUAAGAUCGACCACGAGGAGCACGUCACCGGGCCUACCAUCGGUCCACAACCCCCCAAUCAAACGGCGGCCAACUCCACUGCCACCCCCAGGAUGAGCCCUGUCACUCAGUGCUACAAACCCUGGAGCUACAUCCCUGAUGGCAUCAUGCCGGUCUUCUGGAGGGUGGUGUACUGGACAUCUCAGUGUCUGACCUGGCUGCUGCUGCCCUUCAUGCAGUCUUACGCUCGUUCCGGGGGAUUCUCCAUCACUGGGAAAGUCAAAACAGCUCUGAUAGAAAACGCCAUCUACUACGGCACGUACCUGCUCAUCUUUGGCUCCCUGCUCAUCUACGUGGCCGUGCACCCGAAGCUGCAUCUCUCCUGGUACGAGCUCCAAACCAUCGGGAUCACAGCAGCCAACACCUGGGGUCUGUUCCUGCUGGUGCUGCUGCUGGGCUACGGCCUGGUGGAAAUCCCUCGCUCCUACUGGAACGCCUCGCGACCCGGACACCUGCUCAUCAAGACGUACUUCAAGGCGUCCAAGCUGAUGACAGAAAAAGCAGACGCGGAGGAGAACCUGGAGGACGUGAUGGAGGAGGUGAGGAAAGUCAGCGAGUCCAUCAAGUACAACCAUCCACUGAGGAAGUGCAUCGACACCGUCCUGAGGAAGUGUCCCGUGGACUACCAGGAGAAGCUGGGCAGGAACAUGGACGACUACGAGGACUUCGACGACAAGCAGAACACGUAUCCCAGUGAGAAGAGUCUGGUCAAGCUCCAUAAGCAGGUGAUCUACGCCGUCCAAAGACACAACAGGACUCGUGUUCAGUGGCAGAUUCUCCUGCAGCAGGCCAUCCAUCUGGAGGACGUAGCCAAGAACGAGACCAGCUCCACCCACCAGUUUGUCCACAGCUUCCCAUUACCUGAGUCCAGUAGCUGGGUCAGCAGGUACCUCUACACGCCGACCGUAGAGUGGUACUGGCUUUGUCUCCUGAAGUCCUGGUUCUACCGACUGCUCUCCGUCAUCCUGACUCUGUUCAGUGUCGCCGUGGUCUGGUCUGAGUGCACCUUCUUCAGCACUCGCCCCGUCCUCUCUCUGUUCGCUGUCUUCAUCCAGCUGGCUGAGCGGGACUACAACUACCUGUACAUUGAGAUGGCGUGCUUCAUCACAAUCUUCUUCCUGUGCACUUGCGUCUACUCCACCGUUUUCCGCAUUCGGGUUUUCAACUACUACUACCUGGCGUCCCACCACCAGACCGAUGCGUACAGCCUCCAGUUUAGCGGCAUGUUGUUCUGUCGUCUGACUCCGCCCCUCUGCCUGAACUUUCUGGGUUUGAUCCACAUGGACUCUGCCAUCUCCCACCAGGACAAGGAGCAGACCGCCUACACCUCGAUCAUGGGAUCAAUGAAAGUUUUGUCCUUCAUCGCAAACGGCUUCUACAUCUACUACCCCAUGCUGAUCGUGAUCCUGUGUAUAGCUACGUACUUCAGUUUGGGAACCCGAUGCCUGAACCUUCUGGGCUUCCAGCAGUUUCUCGGCGACAAUGAAAUGACUUCCGAUCUAAUUGACGAGGGAAAGGAACUGAUCCGACGAGAAAAAAGAAAGCGUCAACGGAUCGAAGAUGGAGAGAACAGGCGAAGAGAGUGGAAGGAGCGUUACGGAAACUCCAGGGAGGAAUAUUCGACGAGGAACAGAAGCAGUCACGAGAUGAAGGAGACCAGCUACUCGGACUCUGUGACCCCUAGUGGUACCAGACAAGCAAAAUAUUCACGCGGCAGCGGCCGAGGGGAGAGAGACCGAAUGGAGCUGCUGCAGGACGCAGAACCUUUGGACUUCAGUGCUGACACCCUGACAGACGAGGGUCUGGACUCAGAGUCUGGAAGACACACAGGGGGGCGCUAUCUCUCCAUGUCGUCGUCACGCAGCAGAAUAUUCGACGACGUUUAACACCAGCCUCCAAGUCCACCCGCACUCGACAACCCUCCGUCCUCUCGUCUCCCAGCAUGCACUGCAACAGAGCAGGCGGACGACGUCGCCGCGUCCAGCCGGCGCUAGCAUGACGAAGGAAACACUGAUUCAUCAGCUUUGUGUCACGACAGCCGUGACCUGAGCAUGCAGCCCGACGAGGUCACAUCACUGCGCUCCAGUAAAGGUUGAUUUAUGUUGAUUAUUUAUUAUCGGUCUCUCCGUCACCUCCGUGUAAAUACUGAAGGAGAACGGGAUUUUCCGAACUCUCUUGGUGGAUUCUGUGAGCGAGAAAAGACGAUCCGUAUCAGUAAAAAGAAAUCAAGGUGUGGUCCUCACACUGAGCCGGUGCCAUCGACCCACCAUCACCUCCAUCACCGGGGAGACGACAUGACACACUAUUUGGACAAAAACUAAUAAUGAAUGAACACUAAACGACGACGUUAGCGAUCACUGUGUGUGUGUUCAACAGGGCCACAACCCAAGGUUUGUGAACCUACAGGAAGUGACAUGUUUUCAGUUACAACAAAUUUUUUUUUUAAGUUGAAACAACUGCCUGAAAUAAUGGGACAGAUACAGAGACCUGAGAAACACCCCCAGAUUACAGACUGCUGUGCCACCUAGUGGCCGACAGCACAAACAACUAACAGCAGUGAUAUAGAUUGAACAGUUACUGUUGGUAGUAUUUCCCAAAUCAUCAACCUUUUUUUUUAGUACAUGAAGUGACAUAGAUUUUAUAUAUAUAUAUAUAUAUACUGUAUUGAUAUAUGUAUGUAUUUCUACAUACAUAUAUCAAUAUUUAUUAUGUAUACACAGCAUAACUGUUAGGUUUGUACAUAUGUACAAUAUCUGUUUAUAUGGGCUCAUCAGUGACUCUGAGAAGGAUGGAACUGUUUUACACUGUAUUUAUCAACAUGAUGAAAUAUUGUCGUCACCGCCAAUAAUGUUCUCUUUGGCCACGUUUGACUGAGUCUUUGGGAGCCUAAAUUAAAAUGAAGCGGGGGGGGGGUAUUUAAUUCAGUUCCGGGGGGAUGUAGGUCUUGAGGUCAUGGAAACUUGACUCCGAUUUUUGUUCAAUUUUUUAACUGGUUAAGGAUUCCAACACUGUGGAAACCUCUCUCUCUCUCUCUCUCUCUCUAAAUAUUUAUUAUCAUGUUUCAUGUCAUGUGAAGCUGGAGUUUAAUUGAAUGACAUUUCAUAGUGAUGAUGUUUUGUUUCUCAAAUCUGUGAUUAAAUGUGCUGCCAUUGAUGUUUAGAUCAAUAAACCCGAUCAGGAAAAAAAAA